CAUUUUUCCAGAGGGGUACUCUUUUAGCUAGCAUGGGAAUGGCCUUUAAAGAGCAGAUAUCCCACCGGUAGAGAACUAUCUGAAGUAUCAAGCCACUCAUUUCUACUUAAUAAGCCUUGGUCUUGCUUCAGGAAGGCAGCGUUCAUUCAUUCUUCACCAUGAAGUUCUCUAUUCUUGCGCUCGCAAGCGCAUACACAGCCAGCGCCGCCGUUCUUGGAGAGAGGCAAUCGUACGGAGUCAAGGGCACACCUGAAGGCUUUGGAAGAGGUACCACGGGAGGUGGCAAUGCAGCUUGUGUUGUACCUUCUUCGGUAGCCCAACUGAAGACCUGGCUCAGCGACAGCACUGCCCGCUGUAUUGUACUCGACCGAGAGUUCAACUUCAAGGGUACCGAGGGAACUACAACAGCCACCGGCUGCCGUCCCGCAUCCAACAAAUGCCCUGGUAAUGGAGGUCAAGAUGCCAUUAACUCCGCCAACUGGUGUACCAACGGAAACGCUGGAGCAGGCGCCACGUCUGUCCAGGUCAAGUACGACAAUGCCGGUGUGACUGCCAUCAACCUAGGCUCCAACAAGUCCCUCAUCGGUGUUGGUAACAAGGGUGUUAUUCGCGGCAAAGGUCUCCGCAUCGCCAACGGAGCACAGAACAUCAUUAUCCAAAACAUCCACAUUACCGAGCUCAACCCACAAUACAUCUGGGGCGGCGACGCCAUCACCCUCGACAAGUCCGACCUCGUCUGGAUCGACCACGUCAAAAUCUCCCUCAUCGGCCGCCAGAUGUUCGUAGCCGGCUAUGGCGCCUCCGGCCGCGUAACAAUCAGCAACACAGAAUUCGACGGGUCGACCUCCUGGUCCGCCUCUUGCGACGGCCGCCACUACUGGACCAUCCUCCUCCUCGGCGGCAGCGACCUCAUCACCAUGAAGGGGAACUACAUCCACCACACUUCCGGCCGCAGCCCCAAAGUAGGUGGACAGGGCAACACGCUGCUCCACGCAGUAAACAACUACUUCUACAGCAACACGGGCCAUGCGUUUGAUAUUGAAGCUGGUGGUAUGGUUGUUGCGGAGGGGAAUGUUUUUCAGAAUGUCAACACGCCGCUGCUUAACAAUAAGGGGCAGUUGUUUUCUGCGCCUUCAACGGGCGCAAAUGGUGUGUGCCAGACUUACCUUGGCCAUACUUGCCAACUUAACGCUUUUGGAAGUAGUGGAAGUUUCAGUGGUACUCAGACGGAUUUCUUGGUCAACUUCCAGGGGAAGAAUGUUGCGGGCGCUUCGGCCGCAAGCUCGAAUGUUGCUAACACUGCUGGUGUUGGUAAGAUCUAGAGUGGGGUACGAAGGGCUGGGGUGGGUUGGAGGUGCGUGCAAAGCCUGACGCCCUUGCGAGUUGAAAGGCGGCAUGAUUAUCUUCUCUGUAUAUAGUUUACCUUUAUCAAAAUUCGUACAUACAUCCUACAACGCGACAGCUAGUUGCAACCUCCACUCUUACUCCUACCCGAAAAUCUCCCUAAAAGCCUCCAAAUUCCUCAUCCCUUCCGGCCCCUUCGCAUAAACCGCAAAGUCCACACUCUCAAACCACCCCUCGAAUUCCUCUUCUCCCAACACCCUUUUCAUCACGCUCGCCACCACCCUCGGCGGACACCCAUAAGCCCCACAGCCCAUAGCACCAAGUACCAACCUCCCC